GUAAAGCUGUGUGUCACAAUGUCCGAGAACGGAGCUGCGCCAAUUGCUGAUGAGGUACCCGAGCAACAGAAUGCAGUGAGCCGGGUGACAAAUCUUCCUCUGGUUAGUUCAGCAUGCAGUGUUGUUGGUGCGGUGUACAGCUCCACCAAAGAAAGUCACCCCUACAUCCGCAGCGUAUGUGAUGUGGCUGAGAAAGGUGCAAAGACUCUAACGGAGGCUGCAAUGAGUGGAGCUCAACCGCUGGUAACUAGGCUGGAGCCACAGAUUGCCAGCUCAAAUGAAUUGGUCUGCAGGGGCCUAGACAAAUUAGAAUCCACACUCCCCAUUCUUCAGCAACCAACAGAGAAGGUUGUGUCUGAUACAAAGGACCUGGUGACUGGUGCAUGUGAUGCAGUGACAAAUACAGUGACUGGAGCUCGAGAUACUGUAACAGGAGCUGUGUCUGGUGUAAUGGGUCUUGCUUAUGGGGCUAUGCAGGGAAGUGUUGAUAUGACUCGGGCAGCAGUAUCCUUGGUAAUGGGAACACGCAUGGGACAGUUGGUUACAAGCAGUGUGGACACUGUUUUAGGAAAGUCUGAGGACCUAGUGGACCAUUACCUCCCAAUGACUGAUGAGGAGCUAGCUCAACUUGCAUCAUCUGUGGAGGGAUUUGAAGUAACACCAUUGCAGGACCAGAGGAAUCAGCAGAGUUACUUUGUUCGCUUAGGGUCACUGUCCACACGAUUGCGCCACCGUGCAUAUCAACACUCCUUGGGCAAGGUGAGAAGUGCCCGGAACAACACUCAGGAACUUCUCACUCAGCUACACCAGACCAUUGACAUGAUGGAUUCAGUAAAACGUAGUGUACAUGGUGGUCAGGAGAAACUGCACCAGUUAUGGCUGGAGUGGAACACUAAACAGCCAAAUACCAGGUUGAAUGAUGGAGAGGAAAGAUCACAGUUUGAGCUUUUGGAAUACCGAACUUUCACCAUGAUGCAAAGCCUCACAGCGCAACUGCAGACCACUUGCUUAAGUUUGGUGGCUGGAGCACAAGGUCUGCCAUCUCACAUCGAGGAGCGGAUGCAGCACCUACGGCAAAAUGCCCAAGAUCUCCACUCCUCUUUUUCUAAUAUUUUCUCCUUUGGGGACCUCUCGGCAGGGAUCCUGACACAGAGCCGUGAACAAGUUACAAAGGUCCGUGUCCAUGUGGAUGAGCUAUUCUCUUAUGUAGUUACCAACACUCCGUUAACUUGGCUUGUGGGACCCUUUGCACCUCAGUUGGUUGAGAGUCCUGAGGAGCAGCCAGAGACCCAAGAAUGAGAUAGGAGGGAGGUAGAAUUCAGAAAUAGGGCUUAUAAAAUAUGGCACUGAAUACACUAAAAGUGUGUUCCAGCUUUUGAAGGUUGAAGCAUAUACAGAGAUCUAUACUAUUUUAUUGAUAGGAGGAAAGAGGGACACACUCCUUCUGUGCAUUUCUUGGCUUCAUCAGUGCAUUGUGUUUUUUUUUCUAUUGGAAAAUGCAUUUCCCAACCUGUAAUGAAUUACUAAGUUCAAACUUGUAAUGCUCAAAUAAUUAAUUGCUAUAACAGUUAUAUCUGUAUUUAAACUUACCCUAGCAAAUGGUUAGGUCUUGUGCAAACAUUAUAAUUUUACACAUGCCUGUUAGUUUGUGUACUUUGUUCUUGAGCUGCUUUUCAGUCUGGUUUAUACAUGAUAUUUACAUACAAUUAACGGCCAUAAAUAAAUAUGAUCUACUUUUGA